UGCCACUGCAUUGCUAAUGCUCAGGCGGCCAAACCUUGGUGAGCGUCGCGAAACGUAGCUGGGUCAAAUAAGGUCGAUCAUUACACCCUGACGAAAGCAAAGCGACCUUGAGUGAGGGCUAGACCAUGUCCACGUUUGAUUGGCCGUCAGGUAAGUAGCAUCGGUCGCUGAUUGGGCUAGAAGUCAUUGUACGCACUGACAGCGUAGGCGGCUAUCGGACAGAGUGAAACGCGAACACAACAGCCAGCCAGUCUGGUUGAGCGUACGCUAUCACGCUGGUUGGUUGGUGGCCGCCAUUGUUUUGGCGGCAUUUUUCGUUCGGUUAGCGGAUUGUGUCCACCGGGUCGCUUUUCCAGUUACAGAUGGCAGCUAUCCGGAAGAAAUUAGUCAUCGUGGGUGAUGGUGCUUGUGGAAAAACUUGCUUGCUGAUUGUGUUCAGCAAGGAUCAGUUUCCGGAAGUUUACGUGCCUACAGUGUUUGAAAAUUAUGUCGCUGACAUCGAAGUGGAUGGCAAGCAAGUCGAAUUGGCUCUCUGGGACACGGCCGGCCAGGAGGACUACGAUCGACUGCGUCCUCUUUCUUAUCCAGAUACCGAUGUUAUUUUGAUGUGCUUCUCAAUUGACAGUACUGACAGUCGGGUUAAUAUCCUGGAAAAGUGGUUUUCCGAAGUCAAACACUUUUGUCCUAAUGUUCCCAUCAUCUUAGUGGGGAACAAGAAGGACCUGCGGAAUGACGAACGUGCUCUCCGUGAGCUGGCCAAAAUGCAUCAAGAGAUGGUCAAACCGGAGGAGGGGCGUAUGAUGGCCGAGCGCAUAAAUGCCUACGCCUAUUUGGAAUGCUCCGCCAAGACCAAAGAAGGUGUCCGGGAAGUAUUCGAGACCGCCACACGAGCAGCCCUGGCAACCAAGCGCAAGAAUAGGAAAUUGUGCACUUUAUUAUAACCACCCCACUAAUUUCUUCACCCCAUUCGUAAACGAAUUUCAUCAUUUGUUGCCAAUUGGACAUCAUGAUGAUGACGGAGAGCGAUUUGCAGUUAACAAUAUAAGUUUACGCUUU